GGGCGGGGUGGGAGGUUAACCGCAGAGACGGGUUAAAUUGAAUUGCCAUCCUAGGAGGGUGUUCUAUAGUUUGCCCAUAAAUACCGUCUGUUCCAUCAACGAAACAGGUUGGACCUUGGUUGACGGACUUGAUUGAAAUAAAAACCCUAAAACCCCUAAAUGGAGUGGGUUUAAGACAUUCAUCGAUCUACCAGCGAAUCGUGUAGAGGUCUUGAUCUUCUCUGAAUUGAGUUUGGAUUUCAGCGAUUGAGUGUUAAUUUGAUGGAGGGAUUAAAGAAGGCGUUCCGUACAAUUUCUCAAGACCCUAAAUUGGUCGCUUCUUCUUUAUCUUCCUCAUUCGACAAACCUUCUUCCAGUGAAGGAGGGAUCGCUUUGUCAGCUGACCAUUCUCGAGUUCUGCUCACCAGACCUCCCAGGCGAGUGUUAUCCCUCUGGACCUGCUCAAAGCUUUGUGCGGUUUGCUUUGUUGCCGGAGUAGUUGUUGGUUAUACACUGAAGUGCCGUGUCCGACGCUGGGCUUCAAAACUUCUCAAGAGAUUGAAGGAUGAUUAAGCCCACCUGGCCAAUUGUCAUGCUGUUUUGUUGAUAAUUCAAUGUCAUCCACGCAUGAAAUGUAUCCGCUGCUCGGACUUCUUCAAACAGUUUUGUAGAGUGCUUGAAAUUCUAUGAGUUUUCAACUCAUACACUCACUCUUUAGUGAAGAAGGUCGGAUUGGUCUGGAAUUAAACACUUUGAACUCAACCUUGGAACUCAUCAUUACUGUGGUAACCAUAUAGCAAUGGAUAACAAUGGAGGAUGUAAAACUUUGCUUAAUGGUUGUCUUUAUCCAACAUCUAGUUGUUCCCAUUAGAGUGAUGAUAGUUGAACAAUACGCAACUAAUUGUUUUGUUUCUGAAAAUAAUGCAUGUAAAAUCUCAUGCUUAUAUGUUUUAAAUAGAGUGAAGAAGGUCGGAUUGGUCUGGAAUUAAACACUUUGAACUCAACCUUGGAACUCAUCAUUACUGUGGUAACCAUAUGACAAUGGAUAACAAUGGAGGACGAAAGGUGACGGGAAUCAGGCGAAUUGUAAGGCUGAAGAAAAUUCUCCAAAAGUGGCAAUCUGUCACUCUUCCCCAAAAGCGGAAGAAUUACAUCCGCGGCUGUCGAGCUCAUGGGGGCAUCUCGCCAGCAAUUAGUAGGAGAUUGAGGAGUUCGAAUGUAUAUGGUGAUAAGCAUCCAGCAAUGGAUGACAAUGGAAGAAGAAAAGCGACAGGAAUCUGGCAAAUUGUAAGGCUGAAGAAAAUUCUCCAAAUAUGGCAUUCUGCCACACUUCGUCGUCGAAAGAGUAAGAAAAUCCGUUCUGGUCGAACUCAUGGGGCCAUCUCGCCAGCAAUUAGUAGGAGGUUGAGGAUUAGUGAUUUGGAUGAGGAAAGUUGCUACAGCCCUGAGCCGCCCCAAGGUGUUCCUAAAGGGUACUUGGCUGUUUACGUUGGGCUGGAGCUUCGGAGGUUUAUCAUUCCCACUAGCCAUCUUGGCCAUCCAUUGUUCAAGGUGUUGCUGGAAAAGACCGAGGAGGAGUUUGGAUUUGAUCAUAGCGGCGGCCUCACAAUCGCAUGUGAGACAGAGAUAUUUAAAUACCUCUUAAAGUGCAUAGAGAACCAUCAGAAACAUCAACCUAAACACGACGUGGCUGGGACAUGCGCAAACCAUUGGAGAGUAAGUGAAUAUUCUGAGUCCCUGUUGUAAUCUAAACCAUUGGUGAUUUUGCAGCUGGGACAUAAAGGUCUCCACGCAGAUUUUGAUUAUUAAUUUUAUUUUUCCGGCACUCUUUUUCUGAGUGGAAAACAGAGGUUUGGUUAGAAUCUUUUACCGAGACUCAGCUGGCAAAUGCUGUAGCAGUAACUCACCUUUCCUUGUUUUGUUGUUGAAGGGGUGACCUACAAUAUGCGUAGCAUAUUGUCUAACAGCAGUACUUGUAUUGUAAUUGAUUUGUGGUUCUGACCAAAGAUUGAGCGAAUGUAUAUUUACAUUCAAUCAUGAAUGUUUUACCCAGGAAAAAAGAAAAAAGAAAAUCAUUAAUGUUUAAGACCAUUAUUAUCAUUAUAAUAUGCAACUCAGUUUGUGGAUGGAAUUGAUAACAAAAGCUAGUGAUACAAAAUGACUGCACUGAAAAAUGUCACUGCACAAUUGUUGUUUGUUGUUUGCAGUCUUAUAGCUGCUGAAAAAUCUGCUUCAAAUUGGCAUUGUGAGGGAGGAGAAAGUAUUGGAUA